AUGCCGUCGGCGACAGAUGGUGGUAAAGAGUCAGCGGAGAUGAAGGUUAGUGAGAGUAAUGUUCACUGGGCUUUAGGGAAGGCAGGGGAGGAUCGGGUACAUGUGGUUGGGGGACUUUUUAUUGGAAUUUAUGAUGGGUUUAAUAGCCCUUACGCCCCUGAAUUCUUGAUCGGUAAUCUUUACAAAGAUUUGUAUAAUGAAUUAGAGGGUCUUUUAUGGGAUAAUGAAAAUAACACUCCUCAAGAAUUACAAAAUUUAACUUCUGAAAACACAUUCAAAUCGAUUAGUACAAAGUACUGGUCAAGAGAUUGGUAUGAUAGAGGAUCGAUAAAGGUGACAUUUCAAUUUGAAGGUACUGAGAUCAGAAGGAGGAGAUUGUGGGAAUUUUUAGCAGAGGAUGACCCAGAAGAUGGGCUUGAUCUUUCAGGUUCCGAAAGAUUUGUUUUUUCUGUGGAUGAUGCCCUUAGCAAAAAGGAUAAUAAGAAAUUGUUUCCAUGGAGAUUUGGAUUGGAAGGGGAAGAGAAACCAAAAGUGGAGGAAAAUAGAGUGGAGGAAGAGAGGAAUAGAGGAAUAGAGGAAGUGGGAACAGGCGGAAGGGCAAUGCCGAGUGCUCUGGAAAUAACUGAGCUUCCAUAUUUGGAUAUGACAGAGAAGGUUCUUGAUCGUUAUCCAGAGCUUGCACUCAUGGGUUCUUGA